AUGCGAUGCAGUCCGAGGCUAUAUCACCUCCGAUCUGCGCUCUGCCAGUCCUGCAGACCGCGUCCAAUCAUAUCCAGCUUUGAGCUCCACCAUCACGCCAGACACACAAGUCAGAUAGGCGAGAGCGACGUCCUGUCUCGCCUGCUCCGGAACAACCGCGCUUUCGCUCAAGGCGCAGACAGCGAUCUCCUCGAGCGUAACGCAAAGGGACAAGAGCCUAAAGUGCUCUGGUUCGGCUGCUCGGACAGUCGCGUGCCGGAGAGUAUCGUGACGCAGAGCAACUUGGGCGAGAUCUUUGUCCAUCGCAAUAUCGCCAACACGUUUCACCCCAAUGACACUUCUGCACUCGCUGUACUUGCCUAUGCCAUUGACUAUCUUCACGUGGAGAACAUCGUUGUCACAGGUCACUAUGGCUGCGGAGGAGUCGCAGCAGCGUUUGAAAGCGCAGUGUCCAGCUCGCAGAUGAUCCCUGUCUCUGCACGCUCAAAGAGUGCACUCAUACCCGAAAGGCGACCCAAGAAGGCUCACGAAGUCGGCCCUGCAGCUAUCGCAGACUGGCUAUCCCCUCUGCGCACGCUCGCACUCGAACAACUCGCCCAAUCACGCAACCUGCCAAUCUACGGCGGUAGUCGCAAGGACGACGGACUGGAGCUGGAGGAUCGCUCAGAUACCGAGGAGGCACAGAGACUGCUUGUCAGGACGCAUGCGAUGAUCCAGGCUCGCAACAUUGCUCGCUCAGAGAUCGUGCAGAAGGCAAGACGGCGAGGCAAGAAGCUGCACAUUCGCGCUUGGAUUUACGAUGUUGCGACUGCUCGCAUCACUGAUCUGGGCAAUGUUGAAUAA